UUUUUGGGAUCUUCUGAGCUCUGGUACUAAACCCUCUUCCUUCACUUCGUUCCAAUUGGGACCAAAAACCCCGAAGUUGUGAAUUUUUACCACCGGAAUCUUUAAUCAUGUUGGCGAUUUUCCGAUCAUCUCACCGGAAGAUUCGAUCUUACAGUAACUUCUUCACUCGUCGAUUAUGCUGCCGCCACAGUUCUCCUUCACGAAGCACAAUCAUCUCAACAUCGCCCUUCACCAGGCCAUUCGUUUCCGCUGCCAAUCCCAAAUCUCCCUUCGAUGCCAUCGCUCUCAGAGUACUUCGUAACGAGAUUGAGUACCAGUCAAAUUACGCUCCUCCUCAUCAGCCUGCAACGAGAUUCGGUGCAUUUUCGGUUGAAGACCGACCGGGAAUGCAGUGGAUUACAUUGAAAGGGAAAUUUGGAGACACUGAAGAUAUUAAAAUUGAAGCGACGAUGUUUGAUGGCUGUGAAUCGGUUCCCAAACUUGGAGACGAUAGCGAUGGUGAAGAAGACCUUCGUCUUCACAUUAGCGUGCUUGUUGACAUUUCGAAGGGGGAAGGUUCUGAGGAUUUGGAGUUUGUGUGCUCGGCAUGGCCUGAUUCUUUGGAGGUUCAGAAGCUAUAUGUUCUUAAACGAGAUAGGACUCUUGCGAGACCCUACAUGGGGCCUGAUUUUCGGAAAUUGAGUGGCAAAAUCCAGACGAAAUUUCGGGAGUUCUUAGCAGAAAGGGGGAUAGAUAAGGAGCUCUCUAUGUUUUUGCAUGAAUAUAUGAUGAACAAAGACAGAUGUGAACUUAUUCGAUGGCUGGGAAUUGUCGAGUCGUUUGUGGAAAGAUAAACCAUACGCUUCAUUGACAACAUCGAACGCAGUUGUUACCAUUUUUUAAGGUAUUCAAGAUUAUGUUUUCUUCCUUUAUA